AUGUUUUGCAAAUUCUAUGUGAAAUCCAGAUUCGUUUCUACACCACAUUUGAAUGUUUCGAGCAUCAUCAUCAAACGUAAUAGGUAUGGUAUGGAGCUAGGCAUUGACCACAAAACUGUUUUGAACCAUUUACACAAAGCUGGCUACAAAAAGAAGCUCGAUGUAUGGGUUCCUCAUGAGUUGAGCGCAAAAAACAUGAUAGACCGAAUUAACAUCUGCGAUGCGCUGCUGAAACGCAAUGAAAUCGAGCCAUUUCUGAAACGUGUCAUAACCGGUGAUGAAAAAUGGAUCACGUACGACAAUCGGAAGCGUCAAAGAUCGUGGAUAAGGGAUGAUGUUGUCUUCCAUCAUGACAACGCCCGACCACACACUUCUUUGAUGACCCGUCAAAAAUUGCGAGAGCUUGGUUUGGAAGUUUUGAUGCAUCCACCGUAUAGUCCAGACAUAGCACCCUCUGACUAUCACUUAUUCCGAUCUCUGCAGAACUUUCUCAAUGGAAUUAAGUUGCUUUCAAAGAAGCCUGUGAAACAACUUGAUUCAGUUUUUCAACCAGAAAUCACAGAAGUUCUUCACCGAUGGCAUCAUGGCUCUACCCGAAAAAUGGCGAACAUUGUCGAUAAUAAUGGAACAUAUUUGGUUUAA